UGGUUGUGAAAAGAGUUGUCAUUGCUAAGUGUCAAACUUAAAGGCGCAAAAAUAUUUUCAAAAGGAACAGAACUUGAAAUAUUGAUUUAAAUUAACUUUUUUACUGUAUAAAAAUGAGCAAAAAAAAAGCUUGCUACAUUUGGGACGAAAAGUUAAUUGAAGAAAGUGAUAGACUACCUGCAGUUAUCGGCCGGGCUAGCAUGGUACAUAAUAUAAUAGAGGCCUUUAAUCUUAUGGGAAAACUAACCGUAGUGAGAUCAACUCCUGCUACUUUCGAGGAUAUGAAAGAGUUCCAUUCGGACUUGUACCUUGAUCAAUUAAAGAAAUAUAUUGAAGUAGACGAAGAUUACAUGUCUACAGCACAAGACGAAGAGUUUGGCAUUGGCUAUGAUUGUCCUCCCGUCUCCAACAUGUUUGAUCUUGUCUCUUGUAUUGCUGGAGGGUCUGUGACAGCAUCUAGAUGUCUGUUACUUGGUGUAUCUGAUGUUGCUAUCAAUUGGUGUGGGGGAUGGCAUCAUGCACAUAGGUUAAAGGCAGAAGGAUUCUGUUAUGUGAAUGAUAUAGUCAUAGCUAUAGAAAAAUUAAGAAAAAAGUUUCCUAAAGUAUUAUACAUAGAUUUGGAUGUACAUCAUGGAAAUGGUGUUGAAGAAGCUUACAGCCAAAGUGACUCAGUAUUCACACUGUCUUUCCAUAAGUAUGAAGUAGGAUUUUUCCCUGGGACUGGAGGCAUUGACAAUAUUGGCUCCCAGGGUGGCACAGGGUAUGCCUGUAAUUUCCCAUUACAUGCAUCAUACACUGAUGAUACCAUGGAGUAUGCUUUUGAAAAAGUAUUCAAUGCAGUAUACAGUACGUUCGAGCCAGACGCUAUAGUGACGCAGUGCGGCGCAGACGCACUGGCGCGCGACCCUAACGGCGGCGCGACGCUCACUACCCGCAGUUACUGCACAUGUGUUCAGCAUGUACUAGACAAGAGAAAGCCUACUCUGUUGCUAGGUGGAGGUGGAUAUAAUCACGCGAAUGCGGCUCGCCUGUGGGCUUCAUUAACUGCGCUAGUGGCAGGUGUACAAUUAGAUGACCAAAUACCUGAACACAGUGACUGGCCCCAAUAUGGCCCAAGUUUCACAAUGGCAAUCGAACCUACCCUCACUAAAGAUUGCAAUAAGAAGGCGUACAUUGAAGAAUGUAUUACGAAGAUUCUUGACCAUCUCAACAAGUACGUAAAACCGAUAUCUGAAGAACCAGCAACCAAAAGAACUAAGACUGAAGUUGAAAAUGUGAUCUCAGAGACAAGAUACUGCCACAAUAAACUAGAUUUCAGAAAAAAGGUUAGCAUGUUUGCCGUCAAAGAAAAUAAUGAUACAUCAAAGAAUGAGUCUAAAGUUAAUGAUGUUUACGAAUUUAUAGAUUAAAUAAUUUAUUGAA